CGGCACUUCGUUUUAGUUGAAACUUUGGCAUCUUUCUGUGAACAGCUCAUCGUUCGGAGGAUCAAAUCUUAAAUAAAUAGAAAUAUUUUUUAAAGAUAUUUUUAAUAGAUUUGUUCGGUGUUUAGUGUCAACUAGAGAAUAUGGUCAACGAACUGAAUAGGCCACAAAAUGGGGACAAUGCCGCCCUCAGCGAGCGCCUGGCAGCUUCCAACCGACAGCUGCAAGAAAUGCAGGAGGAGCACCGCCAGUUGCUCGAGGAGAUGGAGACACUGCGUUUGCGAGCCGCCGAGCUAACACGGCUGAAUGCCCAGCGCCAACAUCUGAGGCAGGAGGAAGAAGUUACCCAUUCAUCGACGGUCCGCUCAGUGGAAGCUUCAGAAGAGAUCAUAGAAGUACCCUCAUCUUCUGCCCCUCCUGUUGAAACCAGUGCCCAGGUGGAUACACCAUCUACCCAGGAAGAGGGCGACAAUAGCGACGAGGACAAAGAGGAGACGGCCAGUUAUCUGCAGGCAAAGCUAAACGAGAUCGCUAACCUAAAGGCGCAGUUUAAGCGUGUACAAAACAUGGUAGACACCACCAAAAUGAUUGAGGAGCACAUGUCCUCUAGGCAAACGGUACAGACUAGUUCCUCCAUUCAGACCAGCCGCCAGACAACCACUUCUGAAGUUCGAGUAGCAAGUGAGUCUGGAGAGGUUGCUCAAGAGUCCAGUCCUUCGACGCCUUCAGCUCCCGACAACGCAGAGCUUCUGAAUUCCAUGCUAAACAUGUUCACGGACUUCACCAGUGAUCUGCGUGGUCAGGCGGAGAGUCUCCGAGCAGAAAGGGAUCGUAUCAGGACUCUUAAGGAGGACAUAAUCCAGCGCAAACAGGGAAAAUAAGAAAGUCUUGACUUGGAUCUAAUCCUAUUAUAAUGCAAAUCAAAGAAGAAUAUCCAAUUGUAUACAUAUUUACCAUAUAAAUAUAUAAUUAUCGUUUAUCCUUUAAAGAUUUUAGUGUUAAAACUAUAAAUCCCUGUUAAAAUAAUAAUAUUUUUAACAUUAAAACCAAAUUUUAGAUUUCAUAACAGCA